AUGGCCAUCAAGAGUAAAAAAGGAUACAGCUGCGAUAUUCCGAUGAAGUCCAUAAACUCCCCACGGAAAAACACAUUACACGCACGGCUGAACCCAAGGUUUUCAUUCAGAAUCGCCUCGAGAGUAAUCCAUAGAAUCGUCGAUCCAAAGAAGCUAAAGAAAACUGAAUAUAUGACUAUUUUGGAUUUCUUGAGAUUGUUGAGGGAAAAGACAAGUAAUGCCAAAAAUCCCAAAUGGAAAAGAAUAUUGCUCAUGUUUGUUAUUUCUAAGUCCUCUGUGAAGAUCUUCUUAAGCAAGGAGAUUCCUACAGAGGCUGCAAGCAUCCAAGUAAUUGGAAUCAUAGACAUGUUGAUCGUUAAUGCAACCAAAAAACAUAGAAUGCAAAAUAAUAGUUUGUUGAGAAAAAUCUUCCCUAGAAAGCUACCUAUUGCUCCACGCACCCCUCCAUACUCGGAGCUCAUUCCUAGAAGUCUUUCAUGCACUCUUGAGUCGGAAGCUAUCAUGCAUAACCCAACUAUUAUUGACAAGCAGAAGUUUCUAUAG